UUGUGUGCACAGAGAUACCAUGCAGUCUUCCCCGACUCACCCCAGUCUGUUCUCUGCUGCUGCUGACCCAGGUGGCAGAGAGCCCAGGAGCUCCCAGCCAGCAGAGCAUGGCUGGGCCUGGGAUGUCCGCCAGCGCCUUGCUGCCCAGCUCCAAGAGACAGGCAGGCCUGACCCCCAGCACUUGGAUGCGCUCGUGGCAGAGCUGGUUGUUGUGUUUGCGACAGUGCUGCAGAGGAGCAGCCGAAGUGCCUGGCUGCACCUGCUGGAUGUCCUGCAGCUCCUCAGCCCGUUCCGGGAGCAGCUGCGUUGCCGGGAGGAGCUGCUGCCCUACCUGGAGAGCCUCUGUUACCAGUACCACCGCAGUCAGGCCCUUGUGUCCGACCUAGAUGUCCUGGGAGCCAUGGACCAGGCCUUCCUCAGAGACCACUCAGAGCUGUGUGCCCAUCCACUUUCUGCACACUGCAGGGAUCCAUUGCCCCCAGCCAAUCUGCUCCCUGUUGGCUCAGAGCCAGCCUUCGCAGGGCAGCCCUGCUCCUUUGUCCUAGAGCAGGAGGUAGAAGAACCAGUAGCCGUGUGCCAGCCAGGCCCAGUGUCUUUACAGGAGCUGCAGAGAUGUGUGGGUCUGGUGGGCAUGGAGCUGGCUCAGGGUGAGACCCAGUGGAAAGGCAGCCUGGGCCUUAUGUCCCUCGCCCUUGGCACAGAGGUGCCUGUGAAGUAUUGCUGUGCCAAGCUGAGGCUCCUACCAGAUCCAGGUCAAGAUGCUGCUGCACCCACCCCACAGGUGGUAGAAGGAGAGCAGGGCUUCUCCUGGCAGUCCCUGACGGGGCUCCGGGCUGCUGAGAUUUUUGUGAGAAACAGGCACUUGGGGAAAAUCAACUUUGUCUACCUCAACAUUGCUCCCAACAGGCACUUCAGGCCCUACGACCUAGUUGUGGUUCCUAAGCACCAGGCCAGCUCCCAGCACUAUGUCUUCUCCCCCUUUGGGGUGCUGCAUGUGCACCCUGAAGAAGGUGCUGAGGCCCUGACACUUGGAGAGUGGCACCGAGAGGCCACACUGUGGCAGCUAUUCCAGUGCAUCCCCUUCUUCAGGCACUGUCUCGUCCGCAAAGCCUUUGCCUGCUGGUGGCAGAAUGUGAGGCACCUGCAGCUGCUGAGACGCCAGGAAGCCCUAAGCAAGCACCUGCUCCUGGCUGUGCCCCACUUUGGAGCAGCGCUGCUCCACAUCUCCAGACUCCUGCAGGAGCUAAGAUCUGUACACUGGCUGCCCCAGGAUGACUCCAAAUGCUACACCUUCCCGGAGCUACAGUGGGCCCUGGCUCAAGAGAAUGGCCGUGCUCGAGGCCUGCUCAGAAGGUUCCUCACACUCUGCUCAGCCAUUCUUGAGCUGGUGCGGGAUGACACCUACAAGACAGUGCACGGGCUGCAGACCCAAGUGCAGCGCUACAAGCUCUACAUCACCAAGGAGUCCCUGUAUAAGCAGAGAGUCCAGUACAGGGACCUGGAGAGGAGGCUGAAGGAAGCCGAGUUCUGGAUGCAGAGGCUGGGCAGCCUGGCCCAGCUAGUGAACCUCCUGACUUGCCAGAACCUGGUCUCCAUCGUGCAGGAGGAAGUCACAGCGUUCGUCAGCAACGUCAUGAAGUGGAAAGAUACCAGGUUGAAGAUGGAUUCAGUUCAGGUGACAUGAUCACAUGUCACUGUAAGACUUCAUUACUCACUUGCCAGUACACAGGAAGACUUACGGGUAAAACACACCCAUCUGCAGUCAAUUGUCCUGGUUAAUGGGAGCCAUCAAGAUUCCAACCCACCAUUAAU